GCACGCGCACAGCCCCUGCACCACUCUCCAUUUCCCAAAGCCCGUGUUCUUCGCGGCGGCCGGAAAAUCAAGAAACAUUUUAUCCACCACCAGUCUACUACCAGUAUGGCUAAAAUGGCUGCUGAACCUUUUUCUGUACGGACAGAAGCUACUUGUUCGUCUUCUCCAUUGAACCUUCGAAGCUCAAAGAGAGCUUCUUUUCGAAUUCGAGCUCAUAAUCAGCACACCGAUGACAAGAACAGAUUCUACAAAGAGCUUGGCACAUUUGCUUUGAAAAGGAAGAUUGAAGAUUUGGUACUCCGUGCUGAAAUGUUGGCACCAACAGCACUAGAAUUUGAAGAAGCAAGACGCCUCAAGCAGGAAGAAAUUAUUCGUGAAUAUGAUUUGUGGGAUGACGUAGCCAAGUCAAAUGAAGACCUUGUGCAAUUAGCUGAAAGCACCAAAGCGGUUGAUGCCCUCAAAGACCUUAGAUACAAGGCUGAAGAAGCUAAGCUGAUUACGGAACUAGCAGGAAUGGAUUCUAUCAACUAUGACUUUUUAAAGCAGGCGUAUACAGCUUGUGUGAGUGUGAAUAAGACAUUAGAUAAGUAUGAAAUGUCCAAGCUUCUUAGGGAGCCAUAUGAUAUGGAGGGAGCAUGUGUGACCAUUGAAUCUGGAAACGAGGGCAUUUACUCGCAGAUUUGGGCAGAAAAACUCACAAGAAUGUAUAUCAAAUGGGCAGAAAAACAAGGUCAUAAGGCGAGGAUAGUUGAGAAACAAGAUUCAGAGAGUGGUGGUAUCAAAUAUGUGAUGAUUGAGUUAGAAUUCAAGUCAGCAUACGGCUAUCUUUCAGGAGAAAGAGGAAUCCAUUGCAUGAAUGGAAGUUCUGAAGGUAAAUUUGAUCUUUCAAAGGAUGGAGCUGCUGCGAUCAAUGUUAUUCCUCUUUUUCUUGAAUCAUCCCCUGACCUCCAAAUUGAUGAAAACGAUCUAGAAAUUACAACAUUGUAUGAAGAGGAACAGGGCAGGACUUCACCUUCACUCACCAUUCAGCACAUUCCAACAGGAUUGCAAGUCCGGUCAACAGGUGAAAGAAGUCGUUUCGCAAAUAAGCUCAAGGCCCUAAAUCGCUUAAAGGCAAAACUUCUCAUUGUAAUGAGGGAGCAAGGAGUCUCAAACUUGGCUAGCAUCAGAAGUAGUGAUAUAUCUAGUAGUUGGAACCAAGUGAUAAGGAGGUAUGUAUAUCAUCCAAACAAACUGGUAGAAGAUAUGAAGACGAGCGUCCAAUUGUCUGACCUUACUGCUGUGUUAAACGGAAACAUUGAACCAUUUAUCGGUGCUCACAUCAACAGCAGACGACAUGAAAUCCCAUGAUACAUAUAGCUUUGUACUC